AUGACCGGAUGCCCCACAGCCCAGGACGGCUGCGUGGGUCAUUUCGCUGCUGGGCACUUGGCUCAGCAGGGCAACUUGAGCUGGGCCGUGGCAGGAAACCGUUCCCACUUGGACGCCGUGGUCUCCGGCCUGACGGACGUGAAGUCGAAACCGGAGGUGAUCGUGGCAUCCCUGGACAACAGCAGCGAUCCAAAGACUUGGUUGAAGGACACCACAGCUGUGAUCACUGCAGCUGGACCCUUCAGUAUUCAUGGAGGUGAGGUACUUCUGCGCGCAGCCGCCGAACUGGGCGUGCAUUACGCGGACACCAGCGACGAGCACCGCGGCACAGAUGGAACAUGGAGGUUUUAUUGGCAGCGCUGGAUGAUCGACCGCUACAACCAGCGGGCUCAAGACUCUGGAGCCAAGAUGGUUCUCUCCAGCGGUUUCUGCGUCUUGGCCGGGGACCUGGGUGCCCAACUGGCCCUCCGCGACCUCUCCGACGUCGGUGGCGAUCUGCGGCUGGACGCGUGGCUGGAGGGCUACAACGGCGGCGUGAGCGCCGGGGUGAUCCACACCGCAGAGGCCAUGAAGAAGGCGAAGUUUCCCAAGGAAUGGGAGACGGAUCCCUAUGUGUUGGCCCCCAACGCCAGUGCCGAGUUGCGAAAGGACUCCAAGGUGGAGGGGAUGAGGUAUCCUUCCUGGGUCUCAGGGGAAGGCUUGAUGGUCUCCAACAUUUUCGGCCCCUAUGACGCGCGGCUUCUGCGCCGCAGCUUCGUGCACUUGAAGCAAGCCGUGACGUUGCGCGUGGGCGCCACCUCUGGAAUGUAUCCCAAGUGGGCCGCCUUCAUCGCUGAACACCCGGGCAGUUGGUCGAAGUUGACCCAAUGCCCCACUGACAGUGUGUACAAGGACGGCUCCUGGUGGUACCGCUUCCGCGCCAUGGCCGCUUCCGGUGCCGCGUCCGGUGGUGCCGCUUCCCGCGUGUCGCAGGUCUUGCUGUCGGGCCAUGGGGAUCCGGGCUAUCACUUCACCGCGCUGGGCCUGGCGGAGACGGGGCUCUGCCUGGCGGGGAAGACCCCAGGCUGCCUCAAGCAGAAUACACCUGGCGGUGUGUACACCCCCAUGUCAGCCUUGGAGCCAGAUGUGCUGAUGCUUGGCGAGAGCUACGGGGUUGUCCAGAUGCCACUUCCUGGUUGUUUGAACAUGGUGUGUAUAUAUAAUUAUAUAUAUAUAUAA